AUGGAACGCACCCCGGUUGAAAUUUUCAAGGAAGACAAGUGCCUCUCCGCGCUCGCCGAAGACUGUUAUAUGAAUGCUACUACGCAGUCUGGAUACCCAGAAGGUCACAAUCUGACUUUUGACUCUGACUGGGAAGAGGAUCCCAUGUCCCCAAUCAUCCCCAUCAUCACAGCUGUGUACUCCGUGGUGUUCGUAGUGGGCUUGGUGGGCAACUGCCUCGUCAUGUAUGUUAUCAUCAGGUAAGGUUUAUCAUGAUCUAUUUGCUCACUCACCUCAAUAUUGCAUUGAUAUCAACUUUGACAAUAUAUAGGCUAUUGCUAAAGAUUUUUGGCAAAUUAAUGGUAUGCUAAAAAAUACAACAUUACAGUAAGAUGCCCAUGCAUUACACCUAACCACAUUUUAGCACAAAAAAACAAAAAGUACAUUUUUCUGACAUCUGCAACACUUGUGAGCCACCCAGUGGCAGGUGCAUGUUUAAACUUUAUUGUACAAAAUGUACAAUCACUAUAUGGUUUGUUGAUUAUUUUGUUUCAAUCAUGACCCAUUCAGAACAUAUACUGUACCGUUCUAUUGGAGGGAACAAUACCUUUUUACUAUUGGGCCUUUUUACAGUUGGAAUGCUACAUCUUUUUGGGGCGAUGUUUAUAAGAGUUUUAAAUGUGUCAUUUAAAACCAGUGGCCCUCUAUAAUGCUGAUUGGGUUGCUUGCACCUCAUUGGGUUUUAUUUAUGCUGUGUAGACAAAUAAAUCAGAGCUGGUGUCAUGUGCAGUGCACCAACACCUCACAAAGUGCUCCAGACUAGACGAUUACCGCAAAUCAGUUUUAUUGCACAUUACCUGUCAUCCACAGUGCCAUUCAGUCACUUCCCCAAGUUUAUUCCAUUCUAUUGGUUAGCUAAUUGCGAUACACUCUCAGCUCUCUGUUUUUUGUAGCCAGCUCAGUUGAGAAUUUGUAUAUUUUUAUCUGGUUGACAGAUUUUUUUUCUUACACAUCUUCUUCUUAAUAGAAGUUUCCUAAAUUAUACAUUUAGUAAUCUCGGUUACCCAGAAGUAAAAUUAUAGCAAGAAUUGUCUGUCCACGAGAGAUUAUACAUUUAGCAAUCAGGAAAUGGAAUGCACUUGCAAAGUGGAUCCAAAUAUGAUUUAUUUCAUAUGAUUUAUUAGCAUAACACCAAAUGGGCAUAAUGGAAGUCCUCUACUUCUGAACUCAAGUGGCAACAUGUCACUGUUGUUAUGGUUACAUUACCACCUCAGAGCUGUGAUUGAUUCUAGGGAAGAUUGGGGUUUCAGUCCUGUUGUUAUGGAGUUAUUUCACUAGGGUCUGUCCUUAAAUCACCUGUGACAGAAGUCAUUGGAAGAUGGAGGCAUCAUCACCCCUGCAGUGGCUGGAACUUUAUCAUGUGCUCCCAAGGACUAGGAUUUGACUAUGGUAAUGUCCCAAAUGGCACCCUAUUCCCUAUAUAGUGCACUAUUUUGACCAGACCAAUAUGGGCAACAUACAAUAUGUCUUGUGCAAAAUGCAACAAAAUGAGAUACAAGCUUUUUACGGGAUGGUUAAACGAUAUGCACAUUUGAAGCAGUGGUCUCCACAGCAAUUACCCAUUGCAUGCUCAAUAAUAUAGGCUGAGUGAAAUGGAGCAUGUCCAAGGUAUUGAUCCAAAAAGCAACAGGCUCAACUAACCUCUAGUGGAUCAUGUGUAUGGUUACUGACCAAUAGUCUAUAAUACUAUAUGUACGUUAUGCUGUAGCCAUUUCAGAUCUUAAAGAUGCAGUUCUUUAAAGGCAAUCUGGGAUUCAAAUGCAACAAUGCGGUCACCCCGACACUUUUGGGGUAAACAGCUGAGGGAUGGGACUAGAGAAAUGUAACUACACUCAAAUUCAUAGACUGAGCUAUGGAUGCAAGGACUGACCAUCCAUGAGAUCAAAAUGAUUGUUUUAACCAUGUUUUGAAGUUUAGACAGUUGAGACAGCUACUGCCAGGUAAAACAUUUGAACUAAGCUAAUGACACAUUUAUAUGUUAGCCUGUAUUCUUCAAUAAUCAAUGGCCAUCUCCGAAGUCUGGCUUGCCUAUUUCUUACUUCAACUGCACACUGUGUACUAAUCGUACUACAUACUAUUUAGAACGUACUGUUUAUUAAGAUUGAAUGCAGUAAGCAACAAAUAUCAGCAUACUAGGCUCAUCCUACUGAGAAUGCGUCAUGUAAUGUGCAAUUACGUUGAAUCCCGCCAUUCGUUCAUUUUGGUACAGCGUGCCCCCCUCAGCUGAAUAUCAGUUGAUGUCAAACACACGCGGGUCUUGAAAGACGACUCUCUUCCUCAAGUGUGCAGCAAAUUCUACUAGAUGAAACGCUGAAAUGAGGAUGAUAUCCUGGCAUUUAAAGCAUACACAUUUUUUUAAAUUUCACAUACUACUUUGUAUACUAUUUUGCAUACCCAAAAUGCCUACUAUUUAGAACGCAAGUAGUCAGACACGGCCAGUGGCUAUAAAUAAUUUAUUUAAAAGUCCUAAAAUGGAUGUACCAAUCCCAGAUUGCCACUUUAAAGUAUAAAUCGGAUAAAGUAGAUUACUUACAUGAUUGGGACACAAUUUAUAGUACCCCCCCAGAGGAAGUUGCCGCCACUAUUUCAACAUAAUUUCCUGUCCAAAAGAGGAAAUGCACCACAGGUGGUUGGUGGCACCUUAAAUGGGGAGGACGGGCUCAUGGUAAUGGCUGGAGCGGAAUAGGUGGAAUGGUAUCAAAUACAGCAAACACAUGGUUUCCAUGUGUUUGAUGACAUUCCAUUUGCUCCGUUCCAGCAAAUAUUAUUAGGCUACUUAUACAUAUUCACGAAUUGGGUGUGGGAAUUUCCUCAUGGAGUUGAUAAACAUCAACAAAUAGGGCACUUACAGCUGUCAGUGUAACUAGCUAGCAUGCUAACCUAAACUACCUAGCUAAUCUUAUCUCUUGUUGUAAUUUUUUUUUACUACACCAUAUUCAAAAGAUUAGCCAGAUGGCUUUAUGGCUGGUUCUGGAGCUGGAUUUGUCAAAAGCAUUGAUUUAGGGAAAACUUCGCAACAGAUGGAAACCACUGGCCUAUCUUUGACUUCACCAUCUAUUGUUAUCUUCAAAGUUUUGGCAUCUUCCAUAAAUUGCGGCCGCGAAUCCACCAUAGAAAUAGUUAGAAAGAAUAAGAUGAGGCUCUGGUAAUAUGGGUAACUAUUGAAAUAUAGCUGAUAUGCGUUUUUCUACAUUUUAAUGGACACGGUGCAAUAUUUGGUAGUUAGACUGCUGGCAGGCUUCGGCUACGGUACAGCAAAGCCAAGUCAGCCUGUGCUCAUGGUACUCACAGGGGAAGUGAAAUGAUAGGCUACAAUGACUUUGCUCAUGAUCAUGCAGGCCGCAAAUGACAUGUAACUAUAAAUUCCUUUAAUUUUCUUUCGUGGUUUCUAGCUAGCGUUACACCAAUCAAAGCAGUGGAGCAUUUAGUGAAAGCAAAACUUUAGUGGUCAAAAUCAUUCAUCUUGGGGGGAAAAUUGACAAAUGAUCUAAUUUUCUGGGGGGGGGUGAGGUAAGUGGAGGUGCAAAACAGAAGUUGGCACCCCGUAUUUUAAUUUGCUCCAUGGCUCAGGCAGCCAAGUGGACCCAAGGCUGUUUGGCUCACCUCAGUCGCGAAGAGGAAUAACUUUGCAGCGGUUUCUGAUUAAUAAACAAUGCCAUGCUGGUGGGUAGUAACAUUCAAAUAAACUCAGCCCUGAAACGAAACGUAGGCUGAAAAUAAUUUGUAUGUCAUAUCAUAUAAAAAGACACAACAUUCACAUGGAUUUGCCCAAAGAAGUAAGUUCAGAUUUGUCACUUCAACCCCAAAUAUACACAACAUAUACAAAAGUACGUGGACACCCCUUCAAAUUAGUGGAUUCGGCUAUUUCAGCCACACCCGUUGCUGACAGGUGUCUCCAUAGACAAACAUUGGCAGGAGAAUGGCCUUACUGAAGAGCUCAGUGACUUUCAACGUGGUACCGUCAUAGGAUGCCACCUUUCCAACAAGUCAGUUCAUCAAAUUUCUGCCCUGCUAGAGCUGCCCUUGUCAACUGUAACUACAACAACGGCCCAGCCGCGAAGUGGUGGGCCACACAAGUUCACAGAACGGGACCGUCGAGUGCUUUAGCACGUAGUACGUAAAAAUUGUCUGUCCUCAGUCGCAGCACUCACUACCGAGUUCCAAAUUGCCUCUGGAAGCAAGGUCAGCACAAGAACUGUUCGUCGGGAGCUUCAUGAAAUGGGUUUCCAUGGCCGAGCAGCCGCACACAAGCCUAAGAUCACCAUGCGCAAUGCCAAGCGUCUGCUGGAGAGUUGUAAAGCCGUUGGACUCUGGAGCAGAGGAAACACUUUCUCUGGAUUGAUGAAUCACGCUUCAUCAUCUGGCAGUCCAAUGGACGAAUCUGGGUUUGGCGGAUGCCAGGAGAACGCUACCUGCCCCAAUGCAUUGUGCCAACUGUAAAGUUUGGUGGAGGAGGAAUAAUGGUCUGGGGCUGUUUUUCAUGGUUCGGGCUAGGCCCCUUAGUUCCAUUGAAGGGAAAUCUUAACGCUACAGCAUACAAUGACAUUCUAGACGAUUCUGUGCUUCCAACUUUGUGGCAACAGUUUGGGAAAGGCCCUUUCCUGUUUCAGCAUGACAAUGCCCCCUGUGCAAAAAGCGAAAUCCAUACAGAAAUGGUUUGUCAAGAUCGGUGUGGAAGAACUUGACUGGCCUGCUUAGAGCCCUGACCUCAACCCCAUCAAACACCUUUGGGAUGAAUUUGAAUGCCGACUGCGAGCCAGGCCUAAUCGCCCAACAUCAGUGCCCGACCUCACUAAUGCUCGUGGCUGAAUGGAAGCAAGUCCCUGCAGCAAUGUUCCAACAUCUAGUGAAAAGCCUUCCCAGAAGAGUGAAGGCUGUUAUAGCAGCAAAGGGGGCGAACCAACUCCAUAUUAAUGCCCAUGAUUUUGGAAUGAGAUGUUCGACGAGCAGGUGUCCACAUACUUUUGGUAAUGUAGUGUAUCAUACUUUGACUAAAACAAUGACUUAUUGACUUAAAUUGUUGUGCACCAUCAUGGGUAAGCACUGGCCAUUGUCUUUCAGCUCGAAAAAGUGGAUUUCAACUGAAGUGGGCUUUUAAAAGUAUGACAGCUGUUAAGCUAGCCCUGCCAAGAUUAUUUUUCUCCAUAUCAAAAUAUCAGACAGAAAUGACUAGACUCAUAUAUACAUGACUGUUGUCAUUUUCUCCCCUAGUUACAGAUAGUUGUUUACAGAUAAAAAGACCUUGAAUGAGAAUUUGUAAUUACUUUUAGUAAUGUUGGGAGUAUCAAUAGAAAUGAAAAUCACCAGGUUAGUUGAUGGCAAUUUAACAGAUGGAAAAGUUUCCCCAUUGGGUUUCAUCUAGUUCUUUCAUCAACUGUCAAUAACAAUCUUUCAUCACCUGAGUUCAAAUACUAUUUGAAAUCUUUCAAAUACUUUUGGCAUUUUCUCUAGUCUAGCUUUUUUCAAACCUCUCCACAGGGACUCCCAACCAUUAUUUGAAUUGUAUUUCAACUAUUCCAGAACUACAACACCUGAUUAAAUUAGUCUACUAAUCAUCAAGCCCUUGAAUUAGGUGUGAUAGUUCAGGGCUACAACAAAAUUGUCAAACGUCUCAAGUAUGGGUAACACAUAGACUUAGAUAGACAUCGCAUCAUUGUAUCUGUCUCAUUAUGGCAUUUGUGAGAGCAUGGGCAGUACCAUUGAGGCAAUCUCCAUUUUGAAGUAGUCAAUUUGCUUCUCCUACUACUUCAAUGAGUUUGCAAACAAACUGGAAGUGUGCAUACUGCCACCUAGAGGGUGUUGUUUGAACAGGUAUAAAGUCAAGAUUUGCGAUUGAGUGCCACCUGCCAUUAUGGAAUGUUUGCUCACGAGUAUAAUUCAUUGGCUGAUCCCUCCUGAUGACACGGAUGGAAUCAUGUGAUCCUUCCUAACCCAUAGGAAGCCACCCAGUUGACAACUUCAAAAAUGGUGAAAGUCCUUAAUGCCGCUGAAAUGGGCACUAGAGUCCUCUAUCUAUCUCUAUGGGUGUCACGCUCGUCGAACAGAGAGGACCAAGGCGCAGCGUUGCGGGUGAACAUAUUAUAUUUAUUCAACUGAUCACACGAUCAAAACAAAGAACGAAACGUGAAGUCCUUCGAUACACAACCAAAAGGAACAAGAAACUACAAAACACAAAGUGCAAGACAAACAGUUAAAUAUGGCUCCCAAUCAGAGACACCCAGCUGACACUCGUUGCCUCUGAUUGGGAGUCACUCAGACCAACAUAGAAAAUUAAACAUAGACUUACACACCCUGGCUCAACAUAACAUAGUCCCCAGAGCCAGGGCGUGACAGUACCCCCCCCCAAAGGCGCGGACUCCGGCCGCGCCAAACAACCACAACAGGGGAGGGACCGGGUGGGCACUCCGCCUCGGCGGCGGAUCCGGCUCCGGACAUGACCCAGGCACGGGUUGUGCUGGACUGACGACGCACACCCCUGGCUUGAUGCGUGGAGGAGGAACGGGCCGGACCGGGCUGACGAAGCGCACCCCUGACUUGGUGCGGGGAGCAGGAAUGAGCCGGACCGGGCUGACGACGCGCACCACUGACUUGGUGCGGAGAGCAGGAACGGGCCGUGCCGGACUGACGACGCACACCACUGGCCUGGUGCGGGAAGCUUGGAUGGGCCGGACUGGGCUGGCGACGCGCACCACAGACUUGGUGCGGAGAGCAGGAACGGGCCGGGCUGGGCUGUCGACGCACACCGUAGGCUUUGUGCGUGGAGCAGGGACAGGCCGGGCUGGGCUGUCGACGCACACCACUGACUUGGUGGGAAUGGCAGGAACAGGCCGGGCUGGGCUGACGACGCGCACCACUGACUUGGUGGGAAUGGCAGGAACAGGCCGGGCCGGGCUGACGACGCGCACCACUGACUUGGUGGGAAUGGCAGGAACAGGCCGGGCUGGGCUGACGACGCGCACCACUGACUUGGUGGGAAUGGCAGGAACAGGCCGGACCGUACUGGGGACACACACCACUGGCCCCACGCAGGGAUCAGGAACGGGCCGGACCGGACUGGUAACACACCCCAGUACCUCUCGCCGUGCCUCCACACUUUCCCUCUCCUCUGUGCCCAGUGGCCCCCCUAACCUGGCGGCCUUCUCUGCCAACGCUUUGCACCGCUCUAACCCGUACACCUGCUGGCCCGACGUUGUGAGCCCCCCCCUAAAAAUUUCCUGGGGGUCUCUCCUCCCUCUUGCCAGACUCGCAAUCAUCUCCUCCCACGUCCAUCCUCUCUCCUCGUCACGCUGCUUGAUCCAGUCGAGGUUGCCACGGAGAUCUGCCAGCGAUGGCUCCUGAACACGCUGCUUGGUCUGGUUAAGGUGGUUUCUUCUGUCACGCUCGUCGAACAGAGAGGACCAAGGCGCAGCGUUGCGGGUGAACAUAUUAUAUUUAUUCAACUGAUCACACGAUCAAAACAAAGAACGAAACGUGAAGUCCUUCGAUACACAACCAAAAGGAACAAGAAACCACAAAACACAAAGUGCAAGACAAACAGUUAAAUAUGGCUCCCAAUCAGAGACACCCAGAUGACACUCGUUGCCUCUGAUUGGGAGUCACUCAGACCAACAUAGAAAAUUAAACAUAGACUUACACACCCUGGCUCAACAUAACAUAGUCCCCAGAGCCAGGGCGUGACAAUGGGGUAACUGCAUACGCGAAAUGUGUCUGAAAGUGGGCAUGGUGAAAUAUGUGGGUGGAUCAUCAGCGAUGGACAUAACAUUACAUUUUAGUCAUUUAGCAGACGCUCUUAUCCAGAGCGACUUACAGUUAGUGAGUGCAUAAUAUUUUUUUGUACUGGCCCCCAGUGGGAAUCGAACCCAAAACCCUGCCGUUACAAGCGCCACGCUCUACCAACUGAGCUAUACGGGACCAACAUCAGUGCUCUGUGAUUGGUUAGAUGGUUUUGAUUGAGCGGUGUUGUUUUUCGUUUCUUAAAAUGUUUUCAUUGGUCAGUUCCUGUGUGGUGAUGCUGUUUUAUCGGGACUGAUGGUUUGUUUACAGAGCAGUUUAGGAGAACUAACGUAGAAUGUUAGGAGAAUAAGGUUAAGGUUAGGAAAAGGGUUAGGGUUAGGCUUAGCUAAAAUGCUCUCACAGAAACAGUUGAGUGGCAACAAAUCUGCCCAAUUAGCUGUUUGCUUUCCAUACACCCACCUGUGUUGAUACGCCCGUCUAUGUUGACACACCCAUGUUCCCGCAGCCAUGUUGAGUUGCAGUUACGCAUGACUUAAACGUCAAGGGGUCCCGAGGAGAGGUUUGAAAAAGGCUGCUCUAGUCUGCCAGAUGGAUGGAGUUUGCACUCGUCACUAUUCUAUUGGUUCCACUAUGCCAGGCAAGCUGAAUCAAGCCCAGAUAGAGUAUUUAAGAUGAUUUCAAAUAGUAUUUAAACUCAGAUAUGGACCUUACACAUUCUACCCUACAUUCUUUACUCUACGCUGUUUUGAAACAGGUACACAAAGAUGAAGACGGCCACCAACAUUUACAUCUUCAACCUGGCUCUGGCCGACGCCCUGGUCACCACGACGAUGCCUUUCCAGAGCACUGACUACCUGUUAAACUCAUGGCCGUUUGGCGAGGUGGUGUGUAAGGUGUUCAUCUCCAUCGACUACUACAACAUGUUUACCAGCAUCUUCACCCUGACCAUGAUGAGUGUGGACCGCUAUGUGGCCGUGUGCCACCCAGUCAAGGCCCUGGACUUCCGGACACCCAUCAAAGCCAAGAUGAUUAACAUA